AUGUCCGCACCCAAGCUCGUUACUUGGGACGACAACUAUCGCCUUAUGGUCAGACUUUUCGAUGCACCUCUCACUCACGUCCUAAUAAGUGGGCGUCCCGAGCCGAGAACAGAUUUCCUGCAACAGCAUGCGCUUGCUGUCAAUCGCGAAGUCGAAUGCGACACGUGCAGGUACAUUGGGUUUCUCGUCAAGUGCCGGCCCGCAUCGAUUCCUCUCCUAUCUUACACCAUGAACCUUGCGCAACUGCUUACAGUGAGUUACGCACCGAAGCCUCUCUCAGAGAGCCUUUUCCAGCCGGCGGAUGACGAGGAGGGCGAGGAGGGCGAGGUUGACGAUGAAAUGGAUGAUGCCAUGGAGGAGAAUGACGACGAGUGA